UUUUGUGAUUAUAGUAUCAUUUGUUUUAUCAGUUAAUUUAAUUUUUUUCAAACGUAAAUUUCAAGUCAAAUGUUUACAUAAUUUAAAGCAAACAUUUUUGUAUUAAAAAGAGUUUUUGAUUUUAUUAAAAUGAAUAUAUCACCAUUUUCUGAAAAAGAUUUUGAUGUUGUGAAUUGGAUCAAUGACAAACUAACAGAAAAACCUCCUAAUGAAUGUCGAGAAGUUAUACCAUCAAUGUUAAAAAAAUUGCAACUCUGUGUAGAACAAGUUCAAGAAGUAUUAGAUGAAUCUACUGAACAAGUUUUAUUUUCUUUACCAAAAGUUAUUAAUGAUGUUGAGAAAUUUGAAGAUCAAGCAACUAACAUAAAACAAAAAAUCACUGAUUUAAAACAAGAAAUAAAUUCUAUUAAGAAUAAUACUGGAGAAUCAUUAACGAAAUUGCAAAUAUUUGAUGAUAUUAAAUGUAAAAUGGAAGUUACAAAACAUGCUUUAGAAGAAGCAGAUAAUUGGACAAAACUAAUAGCUGAUAUUGAGAUUCUUAUUGAAAAUGAAGAAUUAGAAAAAGUUACAAAAAGAAUAGCUAAGAUGCAAAAAUCAUUAACAGUGUUAAAAAAUGUUUCUGAUUAUGACAAAAGAAAAAAUCAGUUAGAAGAACUAAAAAAUAAACUAGAAAUUAUAUUAACUCCAAUGCUGAAUGAAGCUUUUGAGAGUGAAAAUAUAGAAGAAUCAAAACGAUUUGUUCAAAUAUUUACGGAAUUGGAUAAGCAUGAUCAGAUUAUCAAGUACUACAUUAAGUGUAAUAAAAAUAUGUUACGCAAAAAAUGGUCGUCAAAAAUUUAUGAUAAGAAAUGUACUUUAAAUCCUGUAAUAUUUUUUGAAAAUUUUUAUGAAUCUUUGAUUGAAUGCAAAAGACAACAAAUUAUUCUUUACAAAAAAUUAUUUAAUAUUGAUGAAAUACCAGCUAUUGAAGCACUGUUGAUUCAGUCAUAUGGAGAUUUAUUUAAUACUUUAGAAUUACCAAUGUUUGAAUUAGUUGAUAUUUCAAUGAAAAAUAACAAUGCGCCAUUGAUAAUGCUUUUGGAUUUAUAUUCUGUUACGGAAAUAUUUGUUAAAAACAUUCAAAAUGAUUCAAAAAUAAAUGAUACUUUUAAUUGGAAUGAUGUUCUCAUUAAUAUUUAUAGACCUUUAAUUCCACAAAUUGCAUCUUAUAAAGAUUUGGAGUAUGAGCAUUCCAAAAAAAUUACAGAAAUUAAAUUUAUUAGCAAUGAUUUAGUUGAUAUAGUGCAAGAGUUUGCUCAAACACAAUUGACAUGCUUUAGAGCAUCAGAAGAAGCUAGGCGUAGAUGUGCAAUUUUUAAUAAUUGUACUUUUCCAGGAAUGGUAUUUGCAAUUAAUAAAAUUUUUUCUAGUUUAAUUGAAGGAGGAAAAGAAAUACUGAAAAAAAUUUUAGCUAAUAUUAAAAUUGGUGAAAAUUGGGACGUGUUCCAAGUUUGUUUAAAUUUUUUACAGUCUACUGGAGAGUUUUUAAGGGAAUUAUAUCUAAUGGAAUCAGAAUUUAAAUGUUUUCUAAUAACAAAUGAAAAUCGUGCUUUAAAUGCUUCUAAAUACUUACUUACAGAAGAUAAACAAAGAGAACUUCAAACUAUUAUCAGCUUUCUCAAAGAUGUUAAAAGUGAAUGGAAGUUAUUCAGAGAAACAAUUCAAGGAGUAGAGAGAUUAUGUUCACAUAUUUACCAAACCUUUUAUAAAAUAUCAUUUCGACCAAUUUCUCAUUACUUAGAACAAGUAAAUAAAAUAAAAUUUAGCAAUGAUAAUUAUUCUGAUGCAUAUAGAUUGGCACCAGGAGAAUAUAUUACCCAGAUAGGACAAUAUCUUAUUACACUUCCUCAACAUGUGGACCCUUUUUUUAUGAGAGAAAAUGAAUCAAUAACUACAGCAUUAACUUUAUCCGAUCAGAGGUAUUCUGAUGCUAAUCAGGAGGAAAGUUAUACUAAUGUGUUAUUAAGAAUAUUAUCAAAUAACACUUGUGAUGUAUUUGUAAAGCAAAUACAAUCUCUUAAAGACCUAAACAAUGUAGCUUCUUCACAUUUGUCAGCAGAUAUAGAAUACUUAGGAUGUGUUCUUGAAGAAUUGGGAGUUAAACUUACUGAUACAAUUAGUCAAAUUAUGAAUUUACUCAAAUUACCAAGUGAAGAAUAUAAUUUAAAGUCAUCAUCAAUUGCUUCCUCAAAAAUAGCAGCAGUAAUAGCAAAAAUAAGAAACAUAAAAUAA